CGUCUUCACUUUUUAGGUUAUCUGUCAGUGUAAACAAUUAACACAGUUAAUUAACAAAAUCGUAGGGGUGGUUCUAAAAUAUUAAACUUCAAUGGAUGUUAUCGCCAAAGAAAUCAUUUCUUUCGAGAAAGACACUGUCGAAGAAGCUGUCAAUAAAUUUUUGGAAAAUGCAACAAAUGUUUUCCAAUUUCCGGAUUUAGACAAGGAUAAUCUAAGACAGGAUUUAUGGAAUGCUUUAUAUGACAUAUGCAAUUCAUCAGAAAAUAAUGAUCUUAAAUACAAAUGUUUUUCAACUAUUCGCAUAUUGAGCCGGGAAAAAACAUUGCUCAAUUCAUUGGUAUCAGAAGAGUGGUUGGAAUUAUUUAAACGAGAGUCAAGACUAGGCAAUGAAGAGUUUACAUUUAAUAAUGAAAAUCUUAAAGUGGCACUAGAAGCAGAAAAAUGUCUUUGCAAUAUUGUUUUUAAUAGUAUUUCUGUUGCCUCAAAAUGCAUACAAAAUGGUAUUCUGGAAAAUACCCUAACAAGAAUUAAAAAGUUUAAGGAGAUUCAGGAGGAUGAUAUUCGAUUUUUUGAUGCUAAAUUGUUGUUUAUUAUAACUGCAGUCAGGCCUGAAAGUCGUAGGAAAGUUAAAGAUGAAAUGAAUGGAGUUACAUAUCUUACUGAAGCUUUAGAGGAGAUUUUAAGUGAAACAGUUUCUAAAAAUAAUUUUGAAAGUAAUACGAGGCCCAAUAUAUUUUUAACUGACAUGCAAACCAAUAUUACAUGUGAAAUUCUCAAAGCUCUCUUCAACAUUACACUCCACAUUAAUGAAAAAGACGAAACAGAAAUAAAAUGUUUUACAAAUGUGGUUCUAAUACUCCGCAAAUAUUUACUUAUACCCACAGAAAGUGCAGAUAAAAGAGUAAUGUUGCAAAAUGAUGUUAUAAAUUUAUUAACAAACAUGCCACAACAAAUCUACCCAAGUUUAUUACACCCUGUUAGUGAAUCCGACAAGUUACCUAAAAAAUUGGUCUAUGAAAAUUUUAAUUUUACUGCUGUAUACGAUGUGUUGCUGCUAUUGAAAUCCAAGUUUGUAGCUGAUACUACUGUAUCAAAUCAACAUGGAAUUUUGUCCCCAACUUUAACAGUUUUGCUCAAAAUGGCGUACAGUGAUAGAAUUAUGAGAAAGUAUUUGAAAGCGCAGAUUUUACCGCCUUUAAAGGAUGUUCAUAACCGUCCUGAGCAUGGAGAUGAAAUUAGAAAUCAUUUGUGUAAACUAUUGACCACACCUAUUACUGAACUAAGGGAUCUUGUGGCCGAAUUUUUGUUUGUUUUAUGCAAGAAAAAUGUCACCAGAAUGAUAAAAUACACUGGGUACGGAAAUGCCGCUGGACUAUUCGCUCAAAGGGGACUUCUCGGUGGGAAAAAUAUCGAAGCCGAAACUGAGUUUAGUUCGGACGACGUAGAUAGUGAAACUGAGGAAUAUGCUGAACUAAAACACGGAAUUAAUCCUGUUUUGGGAUGCUAUGAAGAACCCAGACCUAAUCCUAUGGAAAACAUGUCUGAGGAACAGAAAGAGUAUGAAGCCCUUCGCUUGGUUCAGCUUAUUGACGAUUUAACGAAAUGUGGGGCUAUUAAACCUUGCAGGGUGGGCAAGGAUGGUAAACCUGAGCCUAUUGAGCAUGUGCUGCAAUUACAGGAAGGUAUUAAGGCACAAAGUAAUUAUCACAACGCUGAUGACGAUUCUGACUAAAUUAAUAGGAUUUGUUUAUUUUUUGAUCAAGUUAGUAUUAUUAUGUUUAAUUGUUAAUUAAAAAUGGAAUUAAUGUUAAAAAAUUAGGUAUUCAAUGUGUUGAUGUAACUUUUUUGUUAACAUUAAAGCUAAAAACCAAAACGAUCGUAUCGGUUCUCUUAACAAAUAUAACAGCUGUUAAAAGUUACAUCAAAACCCUGAAUUAUCAGUUUAAAAUUGGCAAACUUAAGACUUGCUCCUUGUACAAUCUUUUACUGUGUAGUAAAAUUUAGAUUUCUUCUAAAUGUAAAAUUUGACCUCUAGAUAUGUGGACCCAUCUUCUAAUCUAAAACUUCUGUUUUAAGAUAUAACAAAAUAUUUACCUUCAGAGUUCAAGUAGAUUUAUAUUUUAUAAUAAACAUUUUGGGUAGUUAUUAUCUAGUCAUAUAACCUACUUUAGACAUCUACUAAGCUCAUUAUAUGUUAUAACAAUAGAUUUUAUCUGAAAAUGGAUAAUAAUAAUAAAAACUUAAAAAAACUAAUUGUGAUCACAAUAAUAGCAGUUUUUAGGAAAUUACAAAAAUGUAAUUGUGUUAAACUAAUUUAAAAAAUGGUAAAUAUAAAAUUUAUUUUGCUACAACUGCAACACGGUACCUACCUACAAACAAAAUACAGAUGUUGCGAAAUAGUUUUGUAUGUAUCAUUUAUAAAUCUUUUUUUUUAAUUAUUUUCCUAAAAAUGAAUAUUAUUUUGUAUAAAUCUGUAAAUAAGUUUAAUUAAAAAUAUACCAUUUAUCUUUAAAAACAGUUAAGCACAGAGAAGCUUUGCACUUUUUACCAUUACAUGUGUAUUUUUUAAUUGUAUACAACUAAUGUUGCAAAUUGCAAAGCUAAGCUGUGUUGUUAGUGAAAACAUUUUUAUCAUCAAAAAAUUCACUAUUUUACUCUUUAUGGCUAUUUUUAAAGACUAAUAUUUAUUAAAUAAAUCGGAUCCCGAACAGCAUUCUUGAGCUCAUAAGUAGGUAUAUUAUUUUUCAUGAGUUCAAGUGCCGGCGGCAUAUUGGAUAAAAUGAUCGAAGAGUGUGAUAUCUAAAGGCAAAAGCUUAAUUGCGCGUGCGCAGAAAGUGGACCUUUAUUUUGAAAGCGCAAAUAAUGGUCUUUGCGAAAAGAUUUACUUAUCACGCCAUGAGCUCAGGUGAUUCACAAAUUAUCAAAAUGCAUAAGAUAUCACGGCGUGAGGUAAACUGGAAAAAUCCGAACUCAGAGUUGCUGUGCGGGAUUUUCCACAUCUAAAUGACCACUUUUAUAUAUAUAUGUAUGUAUGUAUGUAUUUAUUUUCAGUUUUAAAAUGAGUUUAAUUCAUAUUGUAUAUUGUUAGUACUUAAGGUUUUUCUUAUGUUUUAUACUGCAGGAUAAUAACAGCAUUUAUUUUUAUUUUUUGAUAUUUUUUUUUAAAUGUAAUUAAGUUCUUCAGGUGCCAAUACAUUGCUUUUGACUUGGAUUAAAGAGUGGAACGAUAUAUUUGGUUGAUUUUAUGCAUACAAAAAAGACAUAUCUAUGGUACUAGUAGUCAAUCUGUCGAAAAAAAGUACCAUGGUCAUUUUUUUGCUUACAUUGUUGGGGCUCAUAAAAAAGCUUAAACCCAAAUUUGCGGCAUCCUACCCCUUGCGGAUUAACGUGAAUAGUUAUUUGUUUUACAAGUGUUGAAAAGCGUUUAAGUUGCUCACGAGGCCGUCAGGCCGAGUGUGCAUUAACACGAGCUUGAAGAAAGCUUUUCUACGACCCUUUUAUUUUUUAUUAUAUUCAAAAACAAAAAAACGUAAAAACCUAAAAACGUGUUUGACAUCUGGUAAAAUUUUUUUAAUUUUUAAGGUAUAAGUUAAAAAAAAUCAAUAAACUUACCUUCUUAAUUUAAAUAAAGUCAAAAUUAGAAUUUAGUAUACAAACACUGUGUUCUAAAUGAUAUUUAGAGAAACAUACAAAUACAAUACAAAUUUUGAAACACAUGAACAUAAUACAAGAGGACGUGAACAAAUAGACAUAGAAAGAGCCAAAACAAAAUAUGGAGAAAUGAAAAUAAAACAUCAAGGGUACAAACUAUACAACAAAUUACCAGAGAAUAUAAAAAACCUACCCGAGACGACUUUCAAAACCAACUUGAAGACUUUUAUUUUGCACCAAAGAAUAUCUACUUAAUAUAUUUACUUAUUUAUUAUUUAUCAUAUAAAUCCAAUAUUAUACAUACUUAUUUAUUUAUUAUAUUUAUACUUAUCUGAUAUUAUCGCUACUGUGAUAUUUAGGAUGUACUUUUUUAAAUAAAAAAAAAAAAAAAAAAAAAAAAUGUCAAACGAUGCUGUCAAUUUCUUUUCACACAGACCUAUCACUUUUCACACAGAAAUAUCACUUUUCAUACAGAGAUGUCACUUUUCAUUUGUGUUUUGCCUUGCCAAUGAAAAGAUUCAUUUUCUAAGCAACAAUGCCAUUAGGAAAUGUGACUUUUACAUAGUGGUCGUAGAAAAAGCUUUUUUCUUAAAAACGGUAAAUUUUGGAAAGUUUUUAAAUAAAAAAUGUAGGUGCAUUGUCUUCUAAAAAUUAAAAAAAGUACCCAAAUAGUUUUUAUGCUAGUUUUUUGGUGAGCGAAAGCGAGCAAAAAAAUCAUUCAUGAAUGCAAAAUAAUUUCGCGAUUGGGUAUCAAACAACAUUUUUUCGAAAACAGUAUACCAGUUUAAACUAAUUAUAAAUUACUAAAAAUGUAAAGAAAAAAUUUUGAAAUGGAUGUAAAAGUAUUUUGAGUACAAAGCAACAAAUUUAACAGACUUACGUUCUGCGGACAAAAAACUGUUCUUUUGACACUCAAUAAAUAUAAUGUAAAAGUCCACUAUUAGUGACAGUUUUCAAAAAAGCGUUUUAUCGCUUUUUUUAACGCAGGACUAGUUAAAAAAAGUUGUUUAUAUCGAAAUACUGUAUAAAGAUUUCCUAUACCCCUUUUCAGAGUGUUUUGACGGGUUUUUAAUGAAAACUAAAAAAGUUGUUUGAAUCCAUUUUUAUCGAAAACUGUUCAUACGUAUGUUUUAUAAAAGGCAGCCAUUCCACGUUACUCGGGAAUUUUUGUAGCGUUAGCGUUACAAAAAAAAAUAGUGAGUAAAACUACCGUUAUUAUGAUGCUUAUAAGCUUAAGCCUAAUUAUUACAAGCAUAAUAAACAUGUUUACAAUAGUAUUUUAUUUAAUUAGGAGCUUCUACUCACAAUUUUUUAUUGUAACGGACGCUACAAAAAUUAGGAGUUAUAUCGUGCAGAAUGCCGAGUACUGUAUAAAAAUUGAACAAAGCUUAAGUAAUAUGCUUGCGCUUUACGCUAAAGAAGCACCGCUAGUGGCGCCACCACAUGGCCGUCAUCAUCAUAACAAAAUUACAGCGUUUGUAACAUACGCGUUUAAUAAUCAGCUGUCAAACGCGAGUGGUUUUGAGAAUGAUACCGGAAAAUGUUAAAAAUAUCAAUAAUAAAAAAACCAAUAAAGAUUGGGAAUCCGAAUGAAGAAAUAAAUUGCAUACAGUCAGUCCCUGUAUAUAUUAAUUGUACUUAUUAGGUACAAUAACUACAAAUUUUAUUAAUGAUUUACGUGAACAUUUUAAACAUUUAAAUUAAGUUAAAAUUAUUUGUUUUAAGUCUUCUAAAUGCAAACAGCAUGAAUUAUUAAACGCGUUGAUUAAUAAAGUUUUUCCUCAAAGGUAAAAGACUAAAAUACGGUAUUAUAAUUAUAUAAAAUAUUAUGUUGCCACGAAUUCGUAGGUAUAUUUUGUAUAAAAUGCAGUUGUCGGCGUUUUUUUGAGGACUUAAAAAUUAAAAUGUUUGAUUUUAAGGUUACGUUAUGUUACCAAAUUGGAAUCUUUGGCAAAACAUGAAAAUGCAACUUACUUUUACAAUUACAUUAAAAAUUAAAAACACAAUAAUUCACUAUAAUCAAUUAGACAAAAUACACACAAAAACUAUAUAGUCAUAUAAAUAAUAUUAAAUCGAAAUCAAGUACUUAAUCAAGCAGUUUUCCAGUUUUUACUUGCAACGCUAUUCACAAAUAACGUGCGCGGUUAAAAUGAAAUUGCAACUUUGCGAACAAAAGUUGUCGAGUAAGACUUCUGCCUUCCUCUUUUGUAAAAAAACAACUUAUUAGUUAUUAAAAAUGAUGUGCAGUUCAUAUGCUGUAAAUGUAUUGUUGACAAAAUAAUGCUAUCGAGCGCCACCAGAUGGCGCGCGCGUUGCAAAAACCCUAUGCUUCAUUUGCGUAUAACUCUAAAACGGUCUAUCGUAGGAAAAAUGUUGAUUUUAAAUUUUAUUUUCUGCUGUCCAAAAAGAUUCAUGCAAAAAGAUGACCAUGUUCCAUUUUUUCCGAAAAUUGUUACUAUGCUGCCAAAUUACACUUCAACUUCUUACUCUUUAAUUAAGGUUUUAAUUAUUAUUUUAUUACAUUUGUUUUGUCAAUCUAUAUUAACUCUAUAAAUUAAAUAUAUUUGUCAAACAAAAACUGAAAAGAGUUUGUUUUAUUAAAAAAACUAAUUUGACUAACAAGUUUUAUUUAUUUAUAUACAAGAUGUAUCAAUUGCAAUAUUUAAUUUAAAAUUUGAAAUACUCUAAACAGCAACUUUGGGUGGUUCAGCAGGUUGGAAGGGCUGAUCGGCAUCUUGACGAUGGUACAAACCAUGGGUCCAUGGUUUUAACUCCCAUGGCAUUUGCUCUUCAACAGUUGUCAAAUUGACACCCAAAUCUUCCAAGGUUGGCACAUCUGACUCGACUUCGUCGGUCAGAUGUUCGCGUUCGAUUUUCUCCCAGUGAAGGCCUCCGAUGGGGAAGUUGGGGGAAAACUUUUCUGUUAAGGUUACCUUCAUUUGGAAGAAAGGGUCCCAACGCAUGUCGUAACGGGUGUAGCCCCAUUCUUGAUCUUUCUUCAUCACUCUGUAGAAGUAGUCUAUUAAUUCGGAG